GUUAAGCAGAUAUAGCACUGGGUUGUCCCGGAUCUUAGACAUGAGGUGAGUACCAUGUCACACACAGCGCAAGCUUGGGCAGAGCUUAUAGCAGUGCUUAGAGGGGCGUUCACCGCUGACAGACGACGCAGGCUGCGCAGAGAGGUUGGGGAUUACAUCCCUGAACUCAGGGUACGCCCGCAAGCGCAGUUAGAGAAGGAUGAGAACGAUGAGGGGCGAUUGCGACAGCAGCAGAGAGAGAGUGAGCAGCCAGAGACUCCACGCAGGCCUAGGACAGGCAGGCGCAAAGGACGUCAGGAUCGAGGGGAUGAUUUGGAGGAGAGGGAUCAGGUGCUAACUAGUGAUGUUGGGAAGGUGCUCCCCACAGAUGAUUUGGGGGAGGGGACCUUACCAAUAGGAUCUCAAAGGCAGGACGAUUCAUCUAUCCCUGAGAUUGGGACAUCACUAGUACCAGAGACAUGCCUGGCUGAAGUAGGGAUCAACGACUGUGAUCCUAGAGGUGCGCCUGAUGUGGAUGAGGGUGUUCAGCCUAUGAUCAGACAGGAUGGGGAGGUGGCUACCCCACAGCUUGUGUUGACGAUUGCUUCGGACUGGCCUACAGAGACAGAUACCAUGGAGGGAGUGGUUCCCAAUACUGCAUCGGAGAGGCCUUAUCGAUGGAGAGACACACGGGACAUGGCAUUAGAUCUCCCACAAAGGGAGCUACCACUUAUGAUAGGGCCUGCCACUAUAGUACCGAUGCAGGAGCACGAGGAGCCUCAUCCUGAGUGGCCGCGAGAGACGACGCCUAUGCAUGAUGAGCUAGGGCAUGGUGGGCAGAGGGUCCAGUCUCGGUCAGAGCCGACAGUGGAGGAUGGUGAGAGAGGUGCGAUGGGAUACUCAUCAUUGGACGGAUCGUCGUUACUGAGCGAGAGUCGAUUGGCUGAGCAGCCGACUGAACCUGAGGGUUCAUUGACUGCCCAACUGUAUGACAUGGAGUCUCCUAGGAUGCAGAUGCGACAGGAGAUAUCCCAGCCCUCGCCCAUGGACACGGAGACAAAGGAGUAUGAGCCACCUGCUGACGCGACGGACAGGGAUAGGCUCGAGCGCAUGGUUGUCCUUGAGACCGUGCGAUCAUCUCAGUUGGAGAGCCAAGUAUCGACUCUUGUUAGGUUACGGCGAGAGACCGAGGAGCAGACACAGAGGCUCUUCUAUGAGGAGGCAGCCACAGCCGGAUGGCAGGAGGAGGUUAGGAUGAGGAGACGGACAAGAGACGAGCCUAUGCCUCAGGGCGAACGUACGCAGGCGGAGGAGGGGCUCCAUGCGAGAUUAUUAUCUGACGCCUCAAUACGAGAGUUGGCAGGCGUGAUGGAGCAUGUCAGGAGAGUCACACAGACCGAGGUUACGCGAGGGGAGGUGCUCCAUGAUGCGGUACGAAGGAUAGGUGUUUUGGAGCAGGAGAACAGGGGACUGAGAGACAUGACGGAGGAGCCAAUCAGGGCUAUAGGGAUGACAUGUGAGGAGGCUGCAGUCGUCGACAAGCUCAUGCUUGAGCCAGACGAGAUCGAGAGGAGGAGAGAGGCAGAGGCACGUGGUAUGGACUGGGUUCCUCCCUCAGAGUUAGUUGUUCAGAGGGACGCAUGGAGAGAGGUGGAUGGUAGACACGACGAGCGAGAGAGGGUUUUCGAGUCUCGAGAUGUCAUUCUACAACAGGUUGCAAGCGGAUCAACGACAGUACUGCCGAUGACUCUGCCACUUACACCAGCUCCAGCUAUAGGGCCGAUGGACGAUAUAGUGCACCUCCUUUCGUCGGGGACUGAGGGAUGUGACAAGGAGGUGACAACUGAGAGGGUCUCGAGGAUGUUGAGCCUUGAUACAGUGGAUAGAGCCGUACAGGAUGUGACAAUCCGACUCGAGAGCGCACGGCCCCAGAUCCUACCCAAGCCUAAGAAGGCAAAGGUAGAGGACAGCAACACCAGUGACAUGUGCUCGUGGUGUGGUAGAGGAGUGCAUGACAAGGUUGCUUACCCCACCUUUCAGGAUGACCUUAGGAGGCGAGUCGUGCAGUUCGACGGACAAGGGUGAGUCAGAGACAUGCGUAGCGUUCUUUUACCACAAAGAUGUCAUGGUGCUAGGAGAGCAGUGUAUAACAGGCUAGGCCUGGAGCUCAGAGAGGGUGAGUGACAUGUUAUAUAUUCAUGAGACACACGAGAAGCCAGACUAUGAGAUCAGAGAGGAGAUAGACGACGAUGAGGGGGCUAUUAUGGAGGAUAGAUUGUUGGACUCAUUCCAUAUUGUUACCUUCUACUUUGAGGGCUCCGAGACAUGGACUUGUAUUACGUUAUAGCUUGUAUAUUGAGAG